AUGGCAUCAGAGGUUGUGUGGCCACAAUGGCGCGGAAACGCCAAAUCCGAGGAUGCAACGCGAUGCAAGUAUGUCACGAAGAAUGCACAGCUGGGAGAUGGCUGUUUCAGCGUUGUCAAGGAGUGUAUGAACAUAUACACCCGCGACAGGUACGCCAUGAAGCUCAUUAGCAAGAAAACCGUCCAGGGCAAGUUGUGGCUUAUCCAGCGUGAGGUAAAACUUUUGAAAGAGGUGAGUGGGAGGAUUAGAGACUUAGAGCACUCAGGCACGCAGUGCAAGGACACUUUCGAGGGUCAUCACCACGUUUUGCAGUUGUUCGACUAUUUUGAGACACCGCAGCAUAUAGUUCUCGUUACUCAGUUGUGUGACCACGGCGAUCUUUACGAUAAGAUCAUCGAGGCUGGGUCUCUGGAUCUCUCCAAACAAGUAAAGCCAUACGCCGCAUGUCUUUUGAGCGCCAUUCACUUUUUGCACUCAAACGGUGUGGUUCACAGAGACGUCAAAGCAGAAAAUAUUAUCUUCAGGCUCCGGAUCAGCGAGUUGGACGAGUUUGCUCGGCGGGGCUCGCACUACGAUCACACUUCCCACGACGUCGUGCUUGCGGAUUUUGGUCUGGCUACCAAACUUGACAGCGGCGACGAAGAAUUGAAAGAAUGCGUUGGGACUAUCUCGUAUUUGGCUCCCGAGGUUGUGAAAUGCAAUAACAUAGCCAGAAUGGCUCCGUCUGAAUCCAGAAAAAUUCCGGCUUAUGGAGAGCUUAUUGAUAUUUGGGCAUUGGGCGUACUGACCUACUUCAUGAUGACAGGGUACAUGCCAUUCGAUUGCGACACGGACGACGAAACAAGGAAAUGCAUAACGGAAGGUGACUUUUACGUGGAAGACUCACUCAGAGAUGACGAGCAGCCACAUAACGCACACUUUUGGAACUUCAUCCACUUAUGUUUCAACGUCAGUGCAUCAGAGCGACCUUCGGCUCAUAAUUUGAGAAAACAUCCGUUUGUUCAAGAGUUUUUCCACGAUGAUGACGAUAGUGAGCCUUUCGGUGACAAGAUUGCAUUGCGCAAAAGUACUUCGUCUUCAUCUAUUCACAAUCUCGGAACUCCGUCCAGAUCUUCAAGCGUUUCUAACAUUGCGCAUCUUGGACGCAAUGAUUCGAUACCGGAGAUGAUGAGAAGUGGAUCUAGAGACUACGAUCUGAAUAAGAUCAGAGAAACUUUGAAAAAGACUCUUUCAAUGGCGUCUUUGACGCUCCCCAGAGCUGGCUCUGUGAGCAAAGCAAGUCAAAAUAAGGAAAACUCUACGUUCAAGUUAGAGCCCGCCCCUCCUACACAGUCUUUGAUGAAUGGCUGUUUUUCGCUAACGCCAGAGAGCAAAUCCAACUUUACAACGUCGCCAUGUGUCUCAAGAAAUCCGUCGUCUAACGACGUUACACGUUUAAUGUCAGCUACAGACUCAAACAGCACAUCUCUUACAGGAAGAAGUACAGCACCGGGAAGAGAGUUGACCUCAGAGAGUUUCAAGGCAUCAAAUGCACACCCGAACAAUCCUAUCAAAACAGACAUUCGCGCACAAUUUGACCUUUAG